CCUCCUUCUCGGCCGCCGUUGCGCCGCUCGUCGCGGCAGCAAGAUGGCGGCGCCACAGCAGGGCCCUGACGGUGGUGCGCAGCGGGCUGGGCCCGCGGCGGAGGCCGACCCCCUGAGCUGCUUCACGUGUCCUGUGUGCCUAGAAGUGUACGAGAAGCCGGUGCGGGUGCCCUGUGGUCACGUCUUUUGCUCUGCAUGCCUGCAGGAGUGUCUGAAGCCGAAGAAGCCUGUGUGCGGCGUGUGCCGCGGCGCUCUGGGCCCCGGCGUCCGGGCCGCGGAGCUCGAGCGGCAGAUUGAGAGCACAGAGACUUCUUGCCACGGCUGCCGCAAACAUUUCCUCCUAUCCAAGAUCCGGGCCCACGUGGCUACCUGUUCCAAAUACCAGAAUUACAUCAUGGAAGGCGUGAAGGCCACCACCAAGGAUGCCUCCCUUCAACCAAGGAGUGUCCCAAACCGUUACACCUUCCCUUGCCCGUACUGUCCCGAGAAGAACUUUGAUCAGGAAGGGCUGGUGGAACACUGCAAGCUAUCCCACAGCACGGACACCAAAUCUGUGGUUUGUCCGAUAUGUGCCUCGAUGCCCUGGGGGGACCCCAGCUACCGCAGCGCCAACUUCAUAGAGCACAUCCAGCGCCGGCACCAGUUUUCUUACGACACCUUUGUGGAUUACGACGUUGACGAAGAGGACAUGAUGAACCAGGUGCUGCAGCGCUCCCUCCUCGACCAGUGAGCGGCUCUGCGCCAGGGCCUCCGCGUGCGGCCGGCGGGAGACGUGGGGCUCCUACACCUUCAGUGUGCAGCAGGCCUGGCAGUGGACUGUCGCCACUUUUGACAGCGAAAAAGGUCCCCAGGUCAUAGCAGUCCUUUCCUUUGGAGUCUCCCCUGCUGUUAACUCUGUCACCUGUCUGGUCUUGGAUUGCUCCUCAGCUGCACCCUGGAGUUUCUGCUUCCUCUUCUGGAAGGGAACCCAGCUUCUCCGCCUCCCCUUGUUUCAGUUUCGCUCCUCCCGUUUAGUGUUGCUUCAUCUCUCAGGUCCUCUGAGCCGGCCAGGACCUGUUCUGGGUCACGAAUGGCACACAUGAGACCAGCAUCUCCUCCCUCUGUCCCUGCGGUGUGUGAGCUCUGGCAAAAGCAUAUCCGGUUGGUGACUGCGCCCCUGUGCUGUGGGGGCUCUUGUUAGUUGCAAGCAGCAGCUGCCAGAAGCGGGACUUCACCCCUGGGAAACUUUCAAAAGCCCUGUUGGGGUGAAUGUUCCGCAUUUAAGAUGAUCUGAUGCUGGAAGUUUUGAUUAGUUCUAUUUUCCUACCACUUCUGCAUACCCUUAGAAUUAACUGGUUCAGUCUUAAAUGCCUGCAUGGUGCCUUCUUAGGAUAAGGUGUAACCAUUUAUUUUUAGUGACUGUAAGUGUUACUAGGUUAGGAACGUUAAACUCCAUUUAUCUGUAAGUGGGGAGGAGGGUCAGCUAAGAGCAAUGUGAGGGCCGUGGCUUUUUGGUUCUGAUUUUCAAACAAAAACGGUAUUUUCAAGUGACUGGGUUGGGUUUGCCCCCCUGUUUGGGAGCCUGCUUACACUCUUGUCCUUGAGACACGAAAAGGAGGCCUCACACGAAUAAGGAAGAGGUUUGGGGGCUCCAGUAGGUAUUAUAGUUAUUUUAUCUUUUAUUUGGUAACUUAGAGUAAACUGAGCAUUGCCGUAUUGCUUUUCUGUCACAGACGGUUUCCUUAUGAAACUGGCUUUCGUGUGUAAAUCAGCAUGUGAAAACCUGCCCUGUGGAGCAGAGAGUUAUGGGAAAUCUAGUUUCAGAGCCUGCUGUCUCUUUUUGACAAGACACACUGUUGAAAAGGCAAACACAACUCCUGUCUGCUAGAAACAGGCUCAAGAAACUUGAAGUUCACCCUUUUUUGCAACUAUUAAUAAAUACGAGGCUGAGAGUGUCCAUCUAGUCUGUAGGGGCAGGACCAAAACGACAUGCAGAUUCCGGUUCAUUUUUCUCUCCUCUGAACAUGGAAAGCUUUUCUGCUCAGUAGCUGAGGUUGCAAGUGACCGAGCGCUUUGGGCCUGUGCGCAUGCGCUGCUGUUGUGGGCGCCUCCCUGCCCGCUGUCUGCAGGUGCCGGGUGCCUGGCAGAGACCGGGCCCUUCGCCAGGCGAGAGGGUUUUUUCUAAUGUGCUGUUGCUUCGGAGGGCCCGAAUGUUAAGGUCAGCGUCUUCACUGUAACUUCUGAAGAAGUUCAUGUAGACCUCCCAGAACCGAGAGGUCUAAGUUAGGAGGGAAAGUUGACAAAGCCUUCAUGUGAGGGAACUGAUGAGAGCGUCCAUCUCGCUAGUGGUACCAAGUGACUAUGUCCUUGUAUUAAGUGCACUUCAUGUAUUUCUAAUAAGAUGACCUUGCCGAAAGUGAAAUUUGUUUUGUUCUGGCUUUUAAAAGGUGAAAUAUAAAUAAAUUUCUUAAUUUAUCUGAUUA